AUGAGGGUGCACCUGGGCGCGCUGGCCGCCGCGGCGGCGCUGAGCGGGGCGCUCAGCUUUGUGCUGCUGGCCGCCGCCAUCGGCACCGACUUCUGGUACAUCAUCGACACGGAGCGGCUGGAGCGCAGCGGGGCGGGCGCGCAGGACGCUCCGGGCGCUGCCAACCGCAGCCGGCCCGAGCCUCUGAGCUCGCACUCCGGACUCUGGCGGACCUGCCGGGUCCAGAGCCCGUGCACGCCGCUGAUGAACCCCUUCUGGCAGGACAACGUGACCGUCAGCGACUCGAGCCGACAGCUUCUCACCAUGCAUGGGACCUUUGUGAUCCUGCUACCACUCAGCCUCAUCCUGAUGGUCUUCGGGGGCAUGACGGGCUCCCUGGGCUUCCUCCUCCGAGCUAGCCUCCUGCUCCUGCUCACCGGGACUCUCUUCCUCUUUGGAGCCGCUGUGACGCUCGCCGGCAUCAGCGUGUACAUCGCCUACUCGGCGGCCGCCUUCCGGGAGGCGCUGUGUCUCCUGGAGGAGAGAGCGCUGCUGCAGCAGGUGGACAUCCGCUUCGGCUGGUCCCUGGCCCUGGGCUGGGUCAGCUUCGUCGCCCAGCUGCUCACCGGGGCCGCCUUCCUGGCUGCGGCCCGCAUGCUCAGCCUGAGGCAGAGGCAGGACCAGGCCGUGUGA